CGCCGUGAGAUACUUCCUCAUUAGAGAAUGGCGGCUGCCGCCUGCACUACCGUUAACAACACUACCAACCCGCAGAAACAACACCGGAGGAAAAGUAGAGAUACGCGGCGGAGACAAGCAGCUCUCUUUUUCCUUAGUAACAUUUCACUAGAUGGACGGCCAGUACAACAGACAUACCAUGGAAACCGAGACAGCGAGUUGCUGGGGGCGAUAUCGGGGCGACAGUGGCCGGGAUGGGACAACGGAGGUAUUUCUGGAGAGACGAGGAGGAUCGUUUUCCUCGCAGGAAACCUCCUCUCUCCCUCGGGUCUCCUUCCUACUCCCCUCGGACGGCGGAAGUCCUCCACGUUGCUGUCGGUCCAAAGUUGUAAUUCGGUGACUUCGGAACCGGGACGGAGUCGGACUCGUAACCUGUUGGGCUCCCCCAGACAUCACCCUGUGAAGAAGGUCCACUUCAUCAAGAACAUGAGACAAUACGACACACGAGGCAGCAGGAUCGUGUUGAUCUGUGCCAAGCGUUCUCUGUGUGCAGCCUUCUCAGUGUUACCCUAUGGAGAGAGCUUUCACAUCAGUGACUCCAAGUUGGACAGGGGUAGGCAUUCAUCAGGGAACAUCUCUACCAGUCUGGAGAUGAUGCCUGGACUAGAAGGGUUCGAACUGGAGCCCUACGGCAAGACGGUGUCAUAUGCCCAGUUUCUGUACCCGACCAACGCCCUGGUCCGUCAGAAGACCCCCUCGGUGGACAUUACCCUCCAGGUGCCCCUCAACCAGGUGACCCGGAACAGUAACCCCAGAAACUACACCCCAACCAGGCUAAACUGCAACGUGGGACUGGAUCUGGGUGUGGAUGAGGCAUCAGACUAUGACCCCAACCUUCUGAGUGACCCCCAGUGGCCCUGUGGGAAACACAAGAGAGUCCUGAUCUUCGCCUCAUACAUGACGACAGUGAUAGAGUAUGUGAAGCCGUCUGAUCUGAAGAAGGACAUGAACGAGACGUUUAAAGAGAAGUUUCCUCAAGUCAAGCUGACUCUCAGCAAGAUCAGGAGUCUAAAGAGAGAGAUGCGUACAGUGGGUGACGACUGCGGCCUGCAGGCGGUCACCGUGGCGAUGGCAUUUGUUUACUUUGAGAAGCUGGUCCUCCAGGGACGACUCAACAAACACAACAGGAAGUUGGUCUCUGGAGCCUGCGUGCUGCUCGCUGCUAAGAUCAGCAGCGACCUCAAGAAGCAGGACGUCACUCAGCUCAUAGAUAAAUUAGAGGAGCGUUUCCGUAUCAGUCGGCGAGAGUUGAUCCCGUUUGAGUUCACUAUCCUUGUUGCCCUGGAGAUGGCUCUGUACCUGCCUGAGAGAGCCAUCAUGCCACACUACCGACGCCUGGUGCAGCAGAACUAGGGCCACGCCCACUGCUGCACCCACGUGGACGGGAGCCAUGCCUACAAGGGUCUGGAGACUGGACAUGGGGGUGGAGUGAGGGGAGGAGCUACACCUGCUAGGUUCUGGAGACUGGUCUGGGAAUUCUCUGCCCCCACACCUGGAAACCUGGGCGUUUGAUACCAUUCCACUCCAGCCAUUACCACGAGCCCGUCCUCCCCAAUUAAGGUGCCACCAACCCCCUGUGCUAAGCACCAUAAAACUCAGAGACUUUACUCACCUCAGUAGCGACACUGGUAUUUUACUCUCACCUUGAAGAAGUAUAAAUUACACCGAUCAGUCUUCCUACAUUUGCUGGUAUUAUUAUCAACAUACAGUAUAUAGUUACUACGCUUUCUAAACCUGAACGUUGCCAUGCUUCCACGUGCCACAAGGGGGGGCUACAGUUCAGCAGUAGCAUUGCAAGAAUACCAGUUAUGCUUCAUACACACUUAUAGGGCUGACCUAAACUGUACCGUUCUGGUUCGGGUUUUCUUCUCUCUUCACAUGGUCCAUUCCAGCAGGGUUCCAGCAGGGUUCCGGCAGGGUUCCAGCAGGGUUCAGGCAGCUUUGGUGGACGUGUCACCAGGCCAGUUUGGCUCGGUUUGGUCUUAUAUGUGGGAAUCGGGCAUAAGAGUAACACACAAACCAGGGAAGAACCUUCUCCAUCACCUUCCUGCCAGCGCGUUAAAGGGAAAACAAAAUGCUAGAAACAUCAGAUUUAACCAAAAAAGCAGUUUCAUUUAUUUAUCCUGUUUUUAAAUGUAUAUUUAUUAUAUUUGAUUUAUUUCUUUGAAAAAUAAGGGAUGUUUAUAUUAUAACCAAACCAGUUCAUUAUUCUGCACCUCUUUGUGGUGUACCUCACCUAAGUUUUCUUCCAGCAUUAUAACCAAACCUCCGUUAGUAAAAUCUCGUCCCAAAUAGAUCCCUAUUCCCUAACCAAGCAUCCCUUAGUAAGGUGUCAUCCCAAAUAGAGCCCUAUUCCCUAACCAAACCUCCGUUAGUAAAAUGUCAUCCCAAAUAGAGCCCUAUUCCCUAACCAAGUGUCCCUUAGUAAGGUGUCAUCCCAAAUAGAGCCCUAUUCCCUAACCAAGCGUCCCUUAAUAAAAUGUCAUCCCAAAUAGAGCCCUAUUCCCUAACCAAGCAUCCCUUAGUAAGGUGUCAUCCCAAAUAGAGCCCUAUUCCCUAACCAAGCGUCCCUUAAUAAAAUGUCAUCCCAAAUAGAGCCCUAUUCCCUAACCAAGCAUCCCUUAGUAAGGUGUCAUCCCAAAUAGAGCCCUAUUCCCUAACCAAGCAUCCCUUAGUAAGGUGUCAUCCCAAAUAGAGCCCUAUUCCCUAACCAAGCAUCCCUUAGUAAGGCGUCGUCCCAAAUAGAGCCCUAUUCCCUAACCAAGCAUCCCUUAGUAAGGCGUCAUCCCAAAUAGAACCCUAUUCCCUAACCAAGCAUAGUACUCUUUGUGUAUUGAAGUGAUGGUGGUGAUUGUUGCUAUGAAAAAAGCCUCAUCUUCCUAACCUUGUUACUGAGUUACUAUAUAUAUAUAUAUAUACAGAGAUAUACAGUGUAUUAUUCAACUCUAUGUUAGAGGUGACAUUGACUACAAUGAUCUAAGCACAUUCUAUGGUGCGUUGUGUUGUGUUGUCAUGAUGUUUUAAUGUUUACGUGUGACUUAACAUGUGCCACCGUAUAUAUCCCUUUGCUUGGCAUCCUAAAUGGCACACUAUUCCCUAUGUAGUGCACUACUUCUGACCAGAAAUUUCUAUAUAUAUAUAAUAUAAUAAUACUAUAAUAGCACUAUAUAGGCUGAUAGGGUGUCAUUUGGGACAAAUACCUUGUUAUAAAGUUGUUGUUUUUUAAAAAAUGUAUCUUCAUUUUACAUUGAACUGUUUUAGACUUUUACAUUUUUUUGUACCACAUUUAUUUAUCGUUGUUGUUUAUCGUUGUUGUUUUCUUCUUCAGUACGCUCUGAAGGUCGUUGAGGUCAUAUGUUUGACCCUGUACUUAUCGUAUUGCUAUUUCCUUGUCUUCCAUUUCAUUCAGUCUCUGUUAUAGUUUCCAUUCAGUGUCUAAGUUCAAAUGUUCUUUGAGAGAGUGACAACUUUGCUCAGUCACACUGUUAUAAUCAUUGUUCUUGUGGUUAUAGUAAUGUUAUAAACAGUUUUGAUUCAAGUUUUUUUUUUUUCAAGUCAGUCAGAAGUUGGGCCUUGGUUAAGAUACGUUUUUCAUGUCAGUCAGAAGUUAGGCCUUGGUUAAGUUACGUUUUUCAAGUCAGUCAGAAGUCAGGCCUUGGUUAAGAUACGUUUUUCAUGUCAGUCAGAAGUCAGGCCUUGGUUAAGUUACGUUUUUCAAGUCAGUCAGAAGUUAGGCCUUGGUUAAGAUACGUUUUUCAUGUCAGUCAGAAGUCAGGCCUUGGUUAAGAUACGUUUUUCAUGUCAGUCAGAAGUCAGGCCUUGGUUAAGUUACGUUUUUCAAGUCAGUCAGAAGUUAGGCCUUGGUUAAGAUACGUUUUUCAUGUCAGUCAGAAGUCAGGCCUUGGUUAAGUUACGUUUUUCAAAAAGGGAGUUUUUUGUUGUUGCCACAUUCCCCAAAGAGAUACUGUGAACAGAAUCAUAAAUUUGUAAUGUGUUGUCAGACAGUAUGGUUCAUUUUAACAGUAGAAUAGAGUAUAGAUAUGUCCAGGAUGGUGUGUGUGUGUGUGUGUGUGUGUGUGUGUGUGUGUGUGUGUGUGUGUGUGUGUGUGUGUGUGUGUGUGUUACUACUAUGCGUUAACACUGUGAAUGUCGGUGGAAUGAACGGUGUUAGCGCCAUCUGGUGGGCAACAUUGCAAUAACAGUACUGAGGAGAUGUCCAAUGAAUGAUGAUUUUGAGGAAAUGGACAAGGUUCAUAUUUUUGAUCAUUCUACAUGUUGUGUUUUAAAUAGCUGUCUGACAGAACACAAACACAACGAAAUAAAGUGCCUGAGCAAUAUGACAAGAACGGCAUCAUAAAUGGCACCCUAUUCCGUACAUAUUUGACUACUUUCGACCAAAGUGCACUAUAAAGAGAAUGGGUUGGCAUUUGAGAUGCAUACAAUAUCUCUAUACAGAUAAAGACUGAUUUACUGUGUGUGAUUUAUUCAUUUUUGAUAUUUUAUUUACGCAGGGGGAGAACAAAUCACAAAUUCUGUCAGAAAAUACUAUGUUCCUUCAAUCGUAACUUUCUCUUCCAAGUGGGCUGUUUUUAAACAGUGCGUUGUUGUAGAAAAACAUUGUUGGUAUUUUUUUUAUGCGUUGAGACACUGACUUUACUUUGACCAAAACUCUGAAUCUCUGGCAACCGGCCACAGUGCUUCCAAUGUCCCAGAGACUGAAUACAGAUUCUGAAUCUCUGGCCACAGUGCUUCCAAUGCCCCAGAGACUGAAUACAGAUUCUGAAUCUCUGGCCACAGUGCUUCCAAUGCCCCAGAGACUGAAUACAGAUUCUGAAUCUCUGGCCACAGUGCUUCCAAUGCCCCAGAGACUGAAUACAGAUUCUGAAUCUCUGGCCACAGUGCUUCCAAUGCCCCAGAGAC